AUGGUUAGUAUUUUACAUAACCCUACCACUAAUCACUCGCACUCAGUUACACUCGGUUAUUGUUCAGAUAUAUUUUACUUGGCCACUUUUAAGAACCUUGAUGAUCGCCUGUUGUUAAUUUUUUUGGCAAGGUUGACCACGAACCCUGGUGCAACUUCUUCAGUCAAUCCUGUUGAGGUGGUUAAAGCUGAAACACUCACAAUAAGUGAGAUUGCUGCCUUCAUCAAGCGUGAGCCUGCUAAGGUUGCCUACUUUGACUGCAUUGCCACAAUUGAUGAUGUCAAGCAUGGCACUGAGUGGUAUUACAUUGCUUGCAAGGAUUGCCAGACGAAGCUAAACCGCGGGCCGACAACACUGCUUUGUCCAAAAUGCGGCAAUGAAAAUGCUACUGCAGUAGCCUACUACCGGGUGGAGAUGUUUGUCUAUGAUAAUGAGGAGCAGUGCACGUUCAUCAUUCUUGGAGAUGCUGGGAAAGAGCUUACUGGCAGAAAAGCAACAGAGUUGAUCGACACAUAUGCUGAGGUAAUAAUUUUGAUAAACUUGACACUUAUUUUCAUCAUAAAGUGCUACCAAUUUGAUAAAUGAUUCUGUUAUAAUAGGAAAAUGGGGGAGAUGGGGCUGAGCUUGAGGUUCCACUGCCACAGUGUUUUAUCGAUGCAAUAGGACAGACUAAGAAAUUCAGGAUCAAGGUGUCGCCCUACAAUUUCACAUCUACACGCCUAUCCUUGACUGCAACCAAAAUUGUCUCAUCAGCAGUUUUGCCCCCAAAGAACCCCCCACUCAACACACCAGCAGGAACUGAAGUGGAAAUCUCAGAUGUAGCUACGAGCAGUGGUGGUGGUACUUCAGCCACUAACAAUGAGAAGAAUGCAAAGCGUACCAAGCGUAGUGGCUAGAUCGGAUGCAGUAAAGUCACUCCAUGAAUGGCUGGUAAAGACUGCCCAGUCAUCAUGCUACUCUAAUAACAGUCUUCUUAUUUCUCUUUACUCAGUUUUGAUUUUUCUUCUCGCUAAGACAGUUUGUUAUUGGAAAAACCUUAUGGUUUGGUUUUCUUAUUAAAGUUGUUUGGUUUUCAUUAUUAUCUUGGUUAUGAAACUAUAGUUUUUAAUGUCUAGGUGUUCAUUAUUAGACUAAAACAGUUUAAAAAAACAAAAAACAUGCAGUCAAUAAGGACUACGUACUUUAUAAACCACAUUAUAGUAAAACAUUGCAUGCAUCGAAUCUUUAAGUCUAGCGAGAAGAUCAGUUCAGAUUCUCACAUAUUUGCAACCAUAAAAGACGACAUAAUAAUAUUCUUCUACCAUAAAGAAAAUUUCCAUAACUCAUGCCAUAAUUGAAAAAAAUAUCUUUACCAUUAAUCCAAAUAACUAAAGAUAUGGAAACAAAACCAUAACGUUUUGAACAGAUAUUCUGCUUCUAACUUUAACCUCAAUACGUCUCUACCAUAUCAAACACCCACUGCCUCCACCGAGAUUC